CGCGUAUAUCACGGUACAUCGCGCCUCAUUAUGGAGUGAGGGAAUCAGCCCUGCGGAGGAUCUGAGAGUCUUACAAGUAGACAGUUGGCUGCUUAUCGUCUACAGGAGUCUGUGUUAUUUAACCUUAACAUCGGUUCCUCUGUUAAAUUUAGGAAAAGCUUUUUUUGCGGUUGAUACUCAACCACUCUCUCAAAACGGAAUACAUCAGACGAGUUAUUGCAGUGUGAUACUAAACAGAAUGGGGAGCCGGGGACACUACCGGUACCAUUGGCAGAGCCACAAUGUUAAACAGAGUGGUGUGGAUGACAUGGUCCUGCUCACCAAGAUUAACGAAGAUGCCAUCGUGGAAAACCUCAAGAAGCGCUACAUGGACGACUUCAUCUUUACCUACAUCGGACCAGUGCUCAUCUCUGUCAAUCCCUUCAAACAGAUGCCAUACUUUGGGGAGAAGGAGGUGGAGAUGUAUCAAGGAGCGGCCCAGUAUGAGAAUCCACCCCAUAUCUAUGCACUGGCUGAUAACAUGUACAGAAACAUGAUGAUCGACCGUGAAAAUCAGUGUGUCAUCAUCAGUGGAGAGAGUGGCGCUGGCAAAACAGUGGCUGCAAAGUACAUCAUGAGCUACAUCUCCAGAGUCUCGGGAGGUGGACCCAGAGUUCAGCAUGUCAAAGACAUCAUCCUUCAGUCCAAUCCUCUACUGGAGGCCUUUGGCAACGCAAAGACAGUGAGGAACAACAACUCCAGCCGAUUCGGGAAAUACUUUGAGAUUCAGUUCAGCUCCGGUGGCGAGCCAGACGGAGGAAAAAUCUCCAACUUCCUUCUGGAAAAAUCUCGCGUGGUCAUGAGAAACCCAGGAGAGAGGAGCUUCCAUAUCUUCUAUCAGCUGAUUGAGGGGGCCACUAGCGAUCAGAAAAGAGAUCUGGGAAUCACUAGUUUGGAUUACUACAAUUACCUCAACCAGUCAGGGGCCUACAAAGUGGAUGACAUCAACGACAAGAACGAUUUCCAGGAGACGAUGCAUGCCAUGGAGGUGAUUGGAAUCUCAGCAGAGGACCGCACCCAAGUCCUUCAGAUUGUAGCUGGAAUUCUUCACCUUGGAAACAUCAACUUCAGAGAAGCUGGCAACUAUGCUGCCGUGGAGAGUGAGGAGUUUCUGGCCUUCCCCUCCUUUCUGUUAGGUAUUGACCAGAACCGUUUGAAAGAAAAACUGACCAGCAGAAAGAUGGAUGGAAAGUGGGGGGGCAAGUCAGAGUCCAUCGAUGUGACGCUGAACGUCGAACAGGCGUGUUUCACGCGCGAUGCUCUGACCAAAGCCCUGCACGCCCGUGUCUUUGACUUCCUGGUGGAGUCGAUCAACAAAGCCAUGGUGAAGGAUCACCAGGAGCUGAAUAUCGGAGUGCUUGAUAUUUACGGAUUUGAAAUUUUCCAGAAAAACGGAUUUGAACAGUUUUGCAUCAACUUUGUGAAUGAGAAACUGCAGCAGAUCUUCAUUGAGCUGACGCUGAAAGCCGAACAGGAAGAGUAUGUCCAGGAAGGAAUCAGAUGGACUCCAAUCGAGUACUUCAAUAACAAAAUCGUCUGCGACCUCAUUGAGAGUAAAAUAAAUCCUCCAGGCAUCAUGAGUAUUCUGGAUGAUGUGUGCGCUACCAUGCACGCAAAGGGAGAAGGUGCAGAUCAGACCAUGUUGCAGAAGCUUCGAAUGCAGAUCAACUCCCAUGAGCACUUCAACAGCUGGAAUCAGGGUUUUAUUAUCCACCACUACGCCGGCAAGGUGUCGUAUGAUGUGGAGGGUUUCUGUGAGAGGAAUCGGGAUGUUCUGUUCACUGACCUGAUUGAACUGAUGCAGAGCAGUGAAAUAGCGUUCAUACGGGCCCUGUUCCCAGAAAACCUGAACGCCGAGAAGAAAGGUCGACCUACCACGGCAGGCAGCAAGAUCAAGAGACAAGCGAAUGACCUGGUGAGCACUCUGAUGAAGUGCACACCCCACUACAUCCGCUGCAUCAAACCCAACGAGACAAAGAAGCCCAAAGACUGGGAGGAGGGGAGAGUGAAACACCAGGUGGAAUAUCUCGGUCUGAAGGAGAAUAUCCGCGUGAGGCGUGCCGGCUAUGCUUACCGCAGAGUCUUCCGGAAGUUUCUAAACAGGUACGCCAUUUUGACAAAGGAGUCAUGGCCAACAUGGCGUGGGGAUGAAAAACAGGGUGUGCUGCAUCUCCUGCGAUCAGUCAACAUGGACCCAGAUCAAUACCAGCUGGGUCAAUCCAAGAUUUUCAUCAAAGCCCCUGAAUCGCUCUUUCUUCUGGAGGAGACAAGGGAGAGAAAAUUCGAUGGUUAUGCUCGUGCCAUUCAAAGAGCUUGGCGUCAGUACAUAGCCCGAAAGAAAUACGUCCAGAUGAGAGAGGAAGCCUCUGACCUGCUGCUGAACAGGAAGGAGAGGAGAAGACACAGCUUAAACAGGAACUUUGUGGGUGAUUACCUGGGCAUGGAUGACAGGCCAGAGCUCAGACAGUUCUUGGCCAAGAGAGAGAAGAUUGACUUCGCCGACAAAGUCACUAAAUACGACCGGCGCUUUAAGAGCAUUAAGAGAGACUUGAUUCUUACCCCUAAGUGCGUGUACUUGAUUGGGAGAGAAAAAGUAAAACAAGGCCCGGAGAAGGGGCAAGUGAAGGAGGUUCUGAAGCGGAAGAUCGAGGUGGAACAGAUCCUUGCCGUGUCUCUGAGCACUAUGCAGGAUGACUUUCUGAUCCUACACGAGCAGGAGUAUGACAGUCUGCUGGAGUGUGUCUUUAAGACCGAGUUCAUCAGCCUGCUGGCUCGCAGGUUCGAGGAGAAGACCCAGAGAAAGCUGCCGCUCAAAUUUGGCAACACUCUUGAGCUGAAGUUGAAGAAGGAGAGCUGGGGGCCGUGGAGUGCAGGAGGAUCCAGGCAGGUGCAGUUCAUUCAGGGUCAGGGUGACGUCGCCGUGCUGCGGCCCUCCAACAAGAUGCUGCAGGUCAGCAUCGGGCCUGGCCUCCCCAAGAACUCCCGUCCCACUAAAAAGAAUAUGACUCAGAAUCGCUCCCACCACUCCAGAUCCCACCAUCACACUCCUUCACGGGCUGCACCUGGACCGCCAGUGGCACAUCAGAACGGUGGGCUGAAGAAUACCAACCACACAGCCAAUCAAAGGAACUCGCAGCAUCACUCGAACCAGAGACCAUCAGGCAACACUGCCCGCCCCUUCCUGCCAACCAAUAUCAAUCCAGCCAAGGACAGAGGCAGCAGACCACAGCCUAACCUGGACUGCCUCAGGGUACCAGACCAGGGAGCAGCUGGAAAUCGACGACCCGCUGAAAAUGGACCAACGGCUCACAGACAGUCAACCAACAGGCCACCUCCGGGCGGAGGCCGACCCAAACCUGCUCCAAAGCCCAAACCUCAGGUGCCUCAAUGCAAGGCCCUGUAUGCUUAUGACGCCCAGGACACAGAUGAACUCAGCUUCAAUGCUGAAGACGUCAUUGACAUUAUCAAAGAAGACGCCUCAGGAUGGUGGACAGGGAGGCUUCGGGGAAAGCAGGGCCUGUUUCCAAACAACUACGUCACAAAGAUCUAGAACUUUCAAGUGCCACUGAGAGGCCGGACGGAGAGAUGUGCGCGUGCUCUACAUAUAUGAUCGCUUUUAAUGAACGGAUGGAGGGAAAGAAGGGCAAAAGUGAGAUGAAGAGAAAGACACAGACCUGGGCCUGGCUGGGCACUGCACUCUGAUGUAAAACUGUGUUAGAGAUGGACCAGUGUUGCGGUUUUCUGCUGUCUUCUCAGGUGCAUAGGAGGGUAAAAACCAGACUUUUCUCCAGGGCAUAAUGGGACAAAAGUAACCCUGUGGGCACUGAUCAAAAUUAUUUAUUGUAUUUAUAGCUUUAAACUUUU